AUGCCCUUCCCCAACAGCUCUGACCUCAGCCCAUCCUCCUUCAUCUUGGCCAGCAUCCCUGGGCUGGAGGCUGCCCAUUUGUGGAUGUCCAUCCUCCUGUGCUCCAUGUACAUCCUGGCGGUCACCGGGAAUUGCGUAGUGAUGCUCAUUGUGAAGAUGGAGCCCAGCCUGCACGUGCCCAUGUACUUCUUCCUCUGCAUGCUGGCUGCCAUCGACCUGGCCUUGUCCACAUCCACAGUGCCGCGCAUCCUCUGCUUCUACUGGUUUGACACCAGGGAGAUCAGCUUCGGCGCUUGCCUUGCCCAGAUGUUCUUCAUCCACACCCUCUCGGCCAUCGAGUCCACUGUGCUGCUGGCCAUGGCCGUGGACAGGUACAUGGCCAUCUGCCACCCGCUGAGACACGCUGCCAUCCUCACCAACACCAGGACAGCCAAGAUAGGGCUGGCAGCCAUGGCCCGGGGAGUCCUCUUCUUCCUGCCAUUGCCUUUGCUGCUCCUGCCCCUUCCAUUCUGCAGCUCUCGGAUGCUGUCACACUCCUUCUGCCUGCACCAGGACGUGAUGAACCUGGCCUGUGCCAACACCACCCCCAGCAUGGUGUACGGGCUCACCGCCAUCCUGCUGGUCAUGGGGCUGGACGCCAUCCUCAUCUGCCUCUCUUACAUCCUCAUCCUCAAGGCUGUCUUGUGGCUGGCAUCAUGGAAGGAGAGGGUCAAGGUGUUCAGCACCUGCGUUGCCCACAUCUGCGUGGUCCUGGCCUUCUACGUGCCCCUCAUUGGGCUGUCUGUGGUGCACAGGUUUGGGAAGGACCUGCCUCCACUUGUCCACAUCAUCAUGGGAAACGUCUACAUCCUGGUGCCUGCUGUGCUCAACCCCAUCAUCUAUGGGGUGAGGACCAAACAGAUACAGAGGAGGAUCCUGAGUUUAGUCCAUAUCUAUGACAGAACUGCCCAGUGACCUGUGCUCUGCUGCUGCCUCCUGCAUCCUCAUACUAGACAAUCUUGUUUUACACUUGGAGUCCUUCGUGCAGGACUUCUCUCUCUUUGUAUGGCACAUAGCACAUGGCAGGAGACUGAAGUGCUGCCACAAAGACAAAAGCAAACAGCAGUUGUAAACUCCUGCCAAGAGUCUUUAUGCUCACCAAGGCUGGAGAGGAUCAUGGAAUAGUUUAUGUUGGAAGGGACAUUAGAGCUCAUCCAGCUCCAACCCCCUGCAGAGGCAGGGACACCUUCCAACUAAAGCAGGUUCUUCCAAGCCCUGUCCAACUUGGCCUUGAACUGCCAGGGAUGGAAUCUACUACAGUGACCUAAACCCAACCCUGAUCCAGCAGGUAACACAAUGGGAAGGAAAAGGGGCUCAGCAAAUUAGUAAGGACUUCUUGACUUUUUGCUUCUUUGUUCCCAUAUCACCCAUAACAGUGGCAGAAUUGAGUGAAUGAUACAGUGGGUUUGACUGGUUUUUGAGUGAUAAUUCAUGGGUUUUGCAUGAUCAUUCAUGGUUUCCACUUGUGGCACAUUCACUUUAUGGAGGAGCUGAUAGAGAAGGAGGAAAGA